GGAACAGCCUGAGUUAUUAACUUCCUGUAGCCAGCAGCUUCUGGUUUAAUUGCCCUGCCUAGCCUAUGGAACUGAUGUACCAGCUUACUUAGCCUUGGACUGCUCAGUUCGAAAUGUUGUUGCUUUCUGUGCAUGUUUGACUUCUGGGAUGUUCAUUGUUUGCAAGGGGCCGGAAGUCGAUCAAGUUUUCAGACUCUGUACCGGUCAGAUUUGGAGGUGGUUGUUGCUGGUUACAUACAAGGCCAGUUCCAGAUGUGCACAAAAUCAGAUUUGCCUUGGUGGCCCCAGUGGCAGCUUACACCAUGAAACUGUGCUUCAGACAUGGUGUGUGUCCAGUUUCAGAGAACCUUGGUGUCUGUGUGAAAGCGGCACAUUGAAACGCUUCUCACACAGAAAAAUCUAGGUUGGAAGGGACCCCUGGUGGUCAUCUGGUCUGAUCUCCUGCUCAAAGCAUGUUCAAUUAAAUCAGGAUAUAUUUAUUUAGGUGCGAGAUGUCUGCCCUGAGGUUGAUUUCUAACAGAACCUCCCAGCAGGCCUUGUCUAACUCUGAUUACACCUGGGAGUAUGAGUACUAUGAGUAUGGACCAGUGUCAUUUGAAGGCCUGAAGGCUCAUAAAUAUUCCAUUGUGAUUGGAUUUUGGGUUGGUCUUGCAGUUUUUGUCAUCUUCAUGUUCUUUGUUUUGACCUUGCUGACGAAGACAGGAGCACCACAUCAAGAAAAUACAGAAUCUUCUGAAAAAAGAUUUCGGAUGAACAGCUUCGUGGCAGAUUUUGGAAGACCUUUGGAGUCGGAGAGAGUCUUUUCUCGUCAAAUAGCUGACGAGUCCCGGUCACUUUUCCAUUUCUGCAUUAAUGAAGUGGAACAUCUCGACAAAGCGCAACAAAGUCAGAAAGGUCCAGAUCUGGAGAGUAAUAUCCACUUCCAGGAAGUUUCCAGGAGCGGUGGAACAUUAGAGGAGGACCUGAAUUGUCUUACGAAAUUUAACAUUCCUAACUUCGUGAACACUGAGCAGAAUUCUUCACUAGGUGAGGAUGAUCUGCUCAUCUCAGAGCCACCUAGAGUUUUAGAAAGCAAAAUGGCCAUGCAGGCUUCUCAUCGGAUCCUUGACUGA